ACCCCAGACAGCUGGCCUCCACAGCAUUCAGGUCCCUCACAGGCCACCCUGCUCCAGGGUGCCCCUGAGCUGAGGAACCUUAAGGGGUUGUGUGGAGGGGAGGGGUGUUUGCUUCACUCUCAAGGGAGUGCAGGAGACGGCAGCAGAAUGGGCGGGCAGCCCUCCAGCCCCCUGGACAAGCGGCAGCAGCAGCACCUGAGGGGCCAAGUGGACAUCCUGCUGAGGAACUUCCUGCCCUGCUACCGCGGGCAGCUGGCAGCCUCUGUCCUGCGGAAGAUCUCGAUAGAGCUGGGCCCUCAGGAGCCUGUGGGAUGUCAGCUGCUGCAGAGCAAAAAGCUGCCCCGAGUCCGUGAGCACCGAGGGCCCCUGACCCAGCUACAGGGCCACCCACCCCAGUGGCAGCCAAUCUUCUGUGUCCUGCGUGGGGAUGGCCGGCUGGAGUGGUUCAGCCACAGGGAGGAAUAUGAAAAUGGUGACCGUCCUCUGGGCUCUACGGCACUGACAGGGUACACAGUCCUGACUUCCCAGCGUGAAUAUCUCCGCCUCUUGGAUGCUCUCUGCCCAGACUCCUCAGGAGACCAUGCACAGGAAGAGCCUGAUACCCUCUUGGAGAUGCCUGUGAGCUUCCCCUUGUUCCUGCAGCAUCCCUUCCGCCGGCAUCUCUGUUUCUCUGCGGCCACAGGGGAGAUGCAGCGUGCCUGGAGGCUAGCCCUGCAGGGCGGCAUCCGGCUUCGUGGCACAGUUCUGCAGCGAAGUCAAGCCCCCGCAGCCCGUGCCUUUCUGGACGCUAUACGGGUCUACCGGCAGCAGCAAGGCCACUUUGGCGACGACAACGUGACUCUGGGCUCGGACGCCGAGGUGCUGACCGCGGUACUGAUGCAGGAGCUACAACCAGCGUUGCGAGCCCAGACCUUGCCCAGCCUGCGCGGAGCCCCCCGAGCCCGGGCCUGGGCCUGGACGAAGCUACUAGACGCCGUCCACGCCGCCGUCCUAGCCGGGGCCUCCGCGGGGCUCCGCGCCUUCCAGCCAGAAAAGGACGAGCUGCUUGUGGGCCUAGAGAAGACGAUCCGUCCAGACGCGGACCAGAUGCUGAGGCUGCGGGCGCGCGUGGCUGGGAGGCUGCGAGCUGCAGUCCAGGGCCCCCUUGAUUCGUGCCUGCACAGGAAGGUGGACGCGCAGCUGCCCCGGCUCACUCAGACACUGCUGAGCACCGUGGAAGCCGAACUCGCAGCCGUGCAGACCCUCCUAACCCAGGGCAUGGGCCGUCUGUCCCGCCACCUGCGUGGGAGCCCCUCGGGCACCCAACUGCGGAAGGAGGUUUACUCAUUUGGGGAGAUGCCAUGGGACCCAGAGUUGAUGCAGAUCUGCUACCGUGAGGCUGAGCAGAGCCAGGGACGCCUGGGGCAGCUGGCAGCACCAUUUGGCUUCUUCGGAACACAAAGCCUGGUAUUUGGAGCCCAGGAUCUGGCACAGCAGCUCAUGGCUGACGCCGUGGCCACCUUCCUGCAGCUGGCCGACCAGUGUCUGACUACAGCCCUGGACCGUGACCAGGCCGCUCAGCAGCUGGAGAAAGUCAGGGGGCGUGUGUUAAAGAAAUUCCAGUCGGAUAGUGGCUCAGCGAGGAGGCAGUUCAUCCACGGGUGGCUGCUCGGCAUCUUCUUGCCCUUUGUGUUGAGCCAGCUGGAGCCAAGCUGCAAAGCGGAGCUGUCUGAGUUUGAAGGGGAAGUCCUUGCUGUGGGCAGCCCUGCUCUGACCAUCGAGGGCAUCUAUGAGGAAGUUGUCCGGGGAGUCCUGCUGCAGAGGAUCAAUGGAGAAUUGACAAAAGCCCUUGGUGCCAGCAACAUGUCCUGCACUCUGGAUGGCUGCUCGGAGGCUCCAUGGGACCAGGCAGGUGCAGAUGUGGAAACUGAGGCUCAGAGAGGGACUUGCUCCAGGCAACCAGGCUCCAGCACCGAGAUCCGGCCACUCUGCCCACUGCCUCCUCCAGGGACACUCCAGAGCUGAAUCACUGUCCACAUUCAUUGUUGUUUCCAAUGGAUAAAUGUCUACUAGUGGAAUUUCUGAGUCAAAGCAUAUGUACCAUUUCAAGGCUUUUAUAACCUCCCACACACCUCCACCUGACUCCUCUCCAGAAAGGAUAUGCCUUAUUUACUCCCACCAGCAAACUUUGUGCAUAUUCUCCAUAUCCUUUCCAAAUACUAGAAAUGUUCAUAAAAGAAAAAACUGACAAUUUGAUAGAAUACAAAUUUCAUUGUUUCAUUUGGAAUUUCUUUCAUGACUAAAUUGAACCUAAAAAUAUGUUUAUUAACCAUUUAU